AUGACAUCAAGCAACAUCGUCCAGCUGCCAUUCCGGCGCACCCAUCCAGUUUCUCUCUCGGAUGCGAUUACGCAGUACAUCUCCUCAAAAUAUGACCAACGGCCGGAUAUGUUUGCAGACGACCUGCUCGUGCUCGAUCGACUUCGCGCGGAGGCUGUGAACGUGCAAGAACCCCAUGUCAGUGGGGUUAGUAGGCUAGUCACUUAUGCCGCACAGCUGAAAUGGCUGGGAGGGAAGUUUCCGGUUGAUGUCGGUGUCGAUUUCUCUUGGUAUCCUGCUUUCGGCUUCAAUACUUCGAGACCAAUCGUGCAGAACAAUCUGCGAUUUGAGCUCGCAAACAUAUUAUUCAAUCUUGCCGCGCUAUAUUCACAACUCGCCUACUCUCUAAAUAGGACAACGUCGGAUGGUUUAAAGCAGGCAUGCAACUAUUUUUCACAAGGAGCAGGAGUCCUCUCCCACCUCCGAAAGGAUAUCAUGCCAGACCUUCGCGCAUCGCCCCCGGAAGAUAUGGAUGAAAUGACAUUGCAAAGUCUAGAAGAGCUCAUGCUAGCACAAGCGCAAGAAUGUUUCUGGCAAAAAGCCGUAAAGGACGGUCUUAAAGAUGCGUCAAUAGCGCGGUUGGCCGCUAAAGUGUGCGAUUUCUAUGCGGAUGCUGGGGACUUUGCGGUAAAAUCAAACGCUAUUAGUACCGAUUGGAUCCACCACAUGUCAGCCAAACACCACCAUUUUGCUGCUGCUGCCCAAUAUCGACAGUCAUUGGAUUGUCUAGACAAGAGAAAAUACGGAGAAGAAGUUGCACGGCUUAGAGACAGUCUGAAGUGUGUGAAUGAGGCGCUCAAGGAAACCAAAUGGAUUAACCGGGUAGUCUUGGGUGAUUUGAACGGCUUGAAGAAUCGAGUCACAGAAGACCUGAAACGCGCUGAGAAGGAUAACGAUGUCAUUUAUCUUAUUCCGGUACCUCCAAAGUCGGAAUUGAAGCCCAUCGACCGUGCAGCUAUGGUGUCUGCAAAGGCUCCCACGCAAGUGACCGAUGCUAUUUCCCUGCUUGGUGAAAAUGGUCCUCUUGGUCAACCGUUGCUUGCAAAACUGGUGCCGUACGCCGUUCACAUUGCCGCCAGUAUAUACUCGGACCGUCGUGACCGACUGGUCAAUGAAACGAUCAUCGGAGAACUGGAAUCGAUGACGGAUCAACUGCGAGAUCUCUUACAAUCGCUUAACUUGCCUGGUUCUCUGCAAGCUUUGGAAAAACCGCUCGGCAUACCACCUACUCUUAUUUCUCAUGCGGAAGAACUCCGCCAACAGGAUGGUCUGGUUCGCCUGCGUCGCUCUCUAGAAGACACGGCUCAAGUCAAGAAUAAUGACAAAGCACUGUACACUGAGGGGGUUGACCUUUUAGCAGCAGAAAAGGAAGAAGAUGACAGGGCUCGCGCGAAGUAUGGGACAGACAGAUGGAAUCGAGAAACUUCUGUUACAGCUGGGAAGAAAGUACACCAGACAGCGUCAGAUAUAAAUGGAUACUUCACGUCUGCGCAAAGCACCGAUGAACUGAUCCAGGGAAAACUGCGAGAUGCAGAGAAGGUCUUAAGGAUUUUGACAGGCACAAACCGUGACCUUGAGUCAUACGUGCCUAGUAGUCGCCGGGCUGCUAUCACGCCGGAAUUGGAGAGGGAAUCUAGUCGGCUGAGAAGCUGUCUUAAUGAGGUGAAUAGGCUUGAGAAUCGACGGAAGCGUCGUAUUCAAGUGUUGAAAGAAAAGGCUCGUUCGGACGACAUCAGAAGGCUUGAAAGAGAAUUUCCCAUGCAGCCCAUUGAGGCCAGUCAAUUCGAGAGUCUCUUCGAAGAACAACUCCAUCUGUACGACUCGGAUCUAGGCAUGCUUACGCAAGAGCGAAAUGAACAAGACCAACUAGAGACUCAAGUUCGAGAAGCAAAUAACAACUUCAACCGAGCACGACGCGGUGACACAUCUAGCAAAGAACGCGAAAAGGCGUUGCAGGAAUUGGAAAACGGUUACGCAAAGUACAAGGAGCUUAUUGGCAAUAUUGAAGUUGGGCGGAAAUUUUACAAUGAUCUGGCGAAGAUCGUGGGCCGGUUUAGGGAUGAUUGCAAGUCCUUUGUACAUCAGCGACGAAUGGAAGCGGGUCAACUAGAGAAUGACAUUACCAGCGCGGCAGCAAUGGCAUCACUGAAUAUAGCUUCUCAUCGUCCUAUACAGCGGCCGCAAAAACCACAAUCACCACUCCAGCAGCCGCAGCCACAGCCACAGCAGCAACAACCUCUGACCGCACCACAGCCCACAAGAACGAAUGCGGCACCGCCUCCGGUCACAAUUGGGGGGGGGAUCUGGUCUCCGGAGAUGGGUAUUCGCUUUGGAGGGCCAUUGCCUGCGCCUGGGACCACACAGCCAGGACGACAGGGUGAUCACCAGAAUAAGCCUGCGACGCAUGCAAAUCCCGGGGCUUGGGAUCCGAGUAAGGGAUUGCGAUUUUCUUAG